AUGACGCAACCUCUGGAAUAUCUUUCUCAGGCGCAUAUCGACAAGGUUAUGACCGGUCUACUCAGGUACUUGGUCGUCCGUGGUUUCCUCUCUCACGACCAGACAAGUUCUCUUUUGGCGCGGUCCAAAGAUCUCCUCGAUGAAUUUACGCCGGAGGACCAUCCCCUGAUCAAAUUCACAACGUCGGAUAAAGACCACGUCGGUGACGACUACUUUCUGAAUUCAGGCGAUAAGAUCCGCUAUUUCCUUGACGAAGACGCCAGUCGACAGGAUAAGGCAAAGGCAGUGAAUAAGAUCGGUCACGCCCUUCACGAAUUGGACCCUGUGUUCCGAAAGGUUACUCUGGAAAACGAUCGACUGAAGGCUCUAUCUCAGACUGGUGGUGCAGUGCCCGAGCACAACGACUCUGCUCUGGGGUUCUGGAUGGCUCUUGAGAAGUGCACACCCACGAACGGCGCCCUGUCAUUCUUGCCCGGAUCGCAUCUGACAACUCCAAUCACGAAGAGAUUUGUACGAUUACCAGGGGGUGGUACCGGUUUCGAGCAGCUUACCGCCCCUCCGCCUCCCCCAUCCGACACAAGCGAGAAAACGAUGCAGAUUGCGUCAGAAAGUGCCUCCGAAGGGAAAUAUGUGCUGGAAGCUUGUGAACCAGGCGAUCUCGUCCUCAUCCAUGGCAGUGUCCUUCACAAGUCAGAACGUAAUACCAGUGCUCACACGCGAUUUGCGUAUACUUUCCACAUGAUUGACUCACCUCCUUACGCCAAACACGACGAGAAGAACUGGCUUCAGCCUACUGAAGCCAUGCCUUUCUCCAGAAUCUUGGACGCACCAAUUGGAAAUACUCUUUCCACUCCUAUAUACUAG